CUGAGCAGGCCAAGCCCGCGCCAGUCUCGCCUACAUGACGCCGCCACACACUCUCACACAGCUGAUCUCAGGCGCUACUCCAACUGCUGUGGUUCAGGCCACAAAGCAAGAAGCUGGACAUUGUCUUACGGGAUAGAGCAAAUGCAAGAAGAGAGGAGAACAUUAAAAAAAUCAAAACGGAGAGAGAAAGGAAAGAUUGAACUGAAGUUUCAAAAGAAUCAAGAGGAAGACAGGAAGCUGUGGAUAAAAUGAUGGGUACAGACUCAUAAAAACUUGCACACAGGAAUAUGCCUUGAUGACUGGAGUUGUUACUAACAAGCCUUGAAUGGACAAGAGUGCGGCUGGAGGUCAAUCGCAGAGUGUUGCUACCAAGAAAAUUGAAUCUAGACUCAUUUGAGGCAAGCUGACGCAGACUGACAGCCAGUUUGGCUGAAAAAAGUCUCCAAGGACCAUUUUCGUUCUACUUGACAGAUUCCUGUUUUCCAACAGAGUGUUAUCUACAGCCGUCCUAGCUGGACUGCACUAGACACUACAAGACUUAAGCAACUCCAGCCACUCUUUUGCCAGCUGUCACUGUUGAGAUGAUCCAUAACACCCUGAAGUCCACCCAGCCGUCGGAGCACAGCGCAAGGAGAACACAGUCAGCCGCGCAAAGGAAGCUGUGGAGAUAUUCGGGCUGCAGAGGGGCUGGCCAGGUGGAAAAUCACCGUCGCAGUGUGUGUGUGCUGGCUGCGGACUUGAACACUGGAGAAGGAGAAGGAGGAGGAGGAAGAGGAGCAAGUGGAGGUGUGAUCCACACUAUCCACGGGCUGUGCCACCUGUGCAUCGGAUGUAGGCUGCCACAGGUGACCAUCCUUCGAGGAAAGGAUGGAUAUGGCUUCACCAUCUGCUCGGAUUCCCCCGUGAGGGUACAGGCUGUUGAUCCAGGGGGUCCAGCAGAUCAGGCAGGUCUACAACAGUUGGACACUCUCCUGCAGCUAAAUGGUCAGCCAGUAGAGCAGUGGAAAUGUGUGGACUUAGCCCAUGCUAUCAGAAACAGUGCCAAUGAAAUCACAGUGGUGGUGUGGCGGACUGGUCCCUCAGCUAAACCUAAUUUUGAGGGCCUCAUUCACCGGCCCUCCUACAAACCCUCCACCUCAAACUACGAUGCCCCCUCACCUCCUACCCGUAGGCGUGUACCAGAUGUUGGCACCAGCAAAACCCCCCCAGCUGUGCCGCCUCUCCCAGCCCACCACCGUGCCACUGCCACCCGCAGGCUGCUAGUAAAUGGCUCUGAAGCUGGAAACAGCAGUGGCGUAGGCGUGGGAAACAUGGCGUGGGGGGCCCAGGGAGGUUCAGCUGAGGAGCUGGAUGGGAAACCGCGACUCCUCCAUCACCCACACACUGCCACACUGAAGGGUACCAGGGUGAAGGCAUCCAACGGGGACAACUACAUCAUCCUGGCGCCCAUCAAUCCUGGAAGCCAGAUCUUGAGGCCUGUUUACCAAGACAACCAAGGAACAUUAGCUGCCAGGUUAUACCCCACACGGCAGGCCUGUGGUCCACAACCGCAGGGUGGUGGUAGGGGUGCUUUUUCUGGAGGUAUGAGUAGUGGUGUUGGAGGUGCUGGUGGGGGUCUCUCUAGCCGCACUGGCUUCCUACGACGAUCUAACAACUCCAAGACAACAAAGACGUCAUCCACCUCCACUAAUGCCGGCGUGCCCAACUACCAGCAGCAGAAUGCCAACUUUGCCAAUUACCAGAACUGCACCAUCGUCCGCUCACAUACUCCACAUGCCAAUUAUGGAUACGUCAAAGUGGCACCCAAGAUCCUUAUCUUCCCCAUCUUUGUUCAGCCUCUUGACCUGUGCAGCCGAACACUCAUCAUAUCUGAGGAGAUGAUACUGCAUGAGAGCAAGCACCACUCUCUCAAAGUUACAGUGUUUGUCUACAAUGACCUGAUGCUGGUGACAAGAGAAGAUGAGCCAGGCAGGUGUAAUGUCCUUCAGAGUCCCCUGUACCUCAGACAGCUUCGGCUCCAAGACGAUUAUGCUGAAGAACUGAGAUUCUACCUUAUUCACAUGACCGAGAAGUGUGACUGCCUGCUCAGCCUGGAAGCCUAUUCAGCAGACCAGAAGCGCCGCGUGUGUCAGUGCCUGAAGGACAACAUUGACAAGCAGCUCCAGCUUCACAGGAGGGAGCCUCUCGUUACGCAUUUUGAACAGAUGUCAGAGCCUAAAGUGGAUGCCCCUUCAUGUGAGCUUGGCGGCGUAGGAGGAGAUCGAGGAGGUGUUUGCCUCCACCUGCCCACCCGCAGCUCUGAGGGUGAGGAAAGCAGUCUGUAUCCUUCAAGCCCCUCGGAGCCCCCAAACCUGGGCAGUCCUCACCCCUCAGAGCCACUCACCCCUUUGGAAGAGGUCUACAUGCCCCUUGGUUGUCUGGUGGGAUCGGAAGAGCGGCAUAAGGUGCCUCCCACACCACCUCCUUCCACCGAGGGUGAGGAUUGCAAGAGUAUGGAGGGAAACGAGAUGGAGAUCUGGACAGAGGCGAAGUAUGGGGAGAACAGAAGAGAGGAAGAGGAGGAGGACGAUGGGGCCAGUGGAAAGAGUAAUAUAAGUGAGGGGGAAGAGAAAGAAGAAGGAGCAGAUGAGGAGGGGGAGAUGAAUGAAGAGGAGGUCAACCUAAGUCAGGUGGUGUCAAACACAGAUGAGGACAAUGCCUCAGAGCCACCUGACACUAAUGCUCCUCCCUCCUCCUCCUCAUCUUCAUUUGUCAUCCCUGAACUGCGCCUUGAUCGCUCCUUUAGUGCCGAUGCUCUCUCCUCACCCAACACUGAUGAAGAAGAGUAUGAUGAGGAUGAAGACGAGGAGUCUGAAGAGGAGGAAGAUGAGGACGACAGUGAUGAUGCCUACCUGCAGCGUAGUGACAGCAAGCGCCGCAGCAUGGUGGAGGGCGCCACCUGUGAGAAACACGGAGGAGGCGGGCUCAGUGUGCAGAAUUCCCUCCGCAGACGCACCCACAGUGAAGGGAGCCUUCUGCAGGACCCCCGCACGCCUUGUUUCACCUCUGACAACGCCAUCAACUGCCUAGAGGCGGGGGGAGCGCACCACAAGGGCGGUUGGACACUCCCGUCACCCAAAACCCUGAAGAAAGAGCUGACCAAGAAUGGUGGCUCCAUGCAUCAGCUGUGUAUGCUGUUCUCUGGGAGGAAGCUGAGCUCCGGAUCCCCCUGUAGCUGCGAGGUCAGCCCCGAAGGGACAAAGAAGAAGAAAUCCAAGAACCUGGCCAAAGACAUGAAGAAUCGGCUGGCUUUCCUGCGGAGGAGGAAUGAAUCCCCAGGAAGCAACCCAGCCAGCAAGUUAGACAAAUCUAUGAAGUCAGUCAAGCCCACCCCGGAGGAAGCACUGAAAUGGGGGGACUCACUUGACAAGCUGCUGGCACACAAAUAUGGUCUGGCAGCAUUCCGAGCUUUCCUGCGCACAGAGUUCAGCGAAGAGAAUCUGGAAUUCUGGCUAGCAUGUGAGGAAUACAAGAAGAUCAAGUCACAGUCCAAGAUGGCCUCAAAAGCCAAGAAAAUCUUUGCGGAAUACAUCGCUAUCCAGUCUUGUAAAGAGGUAAAUCUGGAUUCGUACACCAGAGAUCACACUAAGGACAACCUGCAGAAUGUGACACGCUCCUGCUUUGACCUAGCGCAGAGGCGGAUAUACGGGCUGAUGGAGAAGGACUCAUAUCCCCGCUUCCUCCGCUCAGAACUCUACUUGGACUUAAUCAACCAAAAAAAGCCCAGCUCCACUUCAACUUCAUCUUCAUCAUAAGAGACUAGAAAAAGAUAGAAAGAAGGAGAAGAGAAAAAUGAUGAGAGCAAAAAGGGGCAGACUUGAAAUACAUACAGUGGGUGGGUAGGAUAUGAGGUUCUUCUUUUUGCCUUUUUUAAUUUCUCUUUUUGUGUCUUUCAUCCUUUCCACUAUGAAUUUUUUUAUUUCUUUUUGUUUUUAUGGUGUGAGAGGACGUGGCAAAGCUAUGGCACUGCAAAGGAAUGUAGUUUACACAGUUACCAGGUGGAUGCAUGAAUGGAUGGACUGAUGAAUGGAUGAAUGGAUGUUGCUAAAAAUACAGCAGCCCACAAGCGAGGGCUGGAGCAGGAGCUGGAAGCUUGUCUGAUCACUGUUGCUUUUUUUUUUUUUUUGUCUCAGUCUCUUGUUAGAAAAAAGUGACAUUUGUUUGUUUUUAAGUUUUUGUCCAGUAGUACUGGAGAAAAGGAGGGGUUGCUCAAAAAAAAAAAAAAAAAACAACCCCUUGCAGGCAUGAAGACAGUCCGGCACUGUUUUGUCACUUUUUUCCUGUAUUUUCUUUUGAAAUUCCCACUUUAAAUCCCCUCCUUUCCUCCACCACAUCCUCUGUGAAGCCACUUCAGAAGCUGUUGGUACGACACAAAGUCCUUUUUCUUCGCGUUUUUUUUCCAUCAGGCUCCAAACUUUGUGAUGGAGAGAAAAAAAACAAGAUGAUGCCUGAAUGAAAACUAGCAUCGUGGCUCUGUUUCACAUGCAUCUCUGUUAAACUCUACAUCCUCUCAAAGUUUCAUAAACAGCUUUCAACUUAUUCAGUUUAUCCCAAGUCUGUGGAAAGAUACCAUGAGCGUUCAAAAGAGACAAAGGCGGAGACAGCGACGGGCAAAGAACACAAAUGUAUAAAUAACGGAUGGACUGGAGCUGUGAAAAAACACAGAUAUGUGUCACUCUCACAUUAAAAGACAUUCAAAGUAACAUUCAAAGCCAGAGAUGGAAAAAAAAAAA